AUGCAGGUCAGCUCAACUGCCCUGUCGCAUAGACAAGCCCCCUUCGGGGCCGCCGCGGGGAAGGCCAAAGUGCAGUUCCGCCUGCCCAAGCGAUCCAAGCGUGCACCCAUUGGCUUCUUCGGCAAGCACCGUCUGCCCGCCAGCCUGCAGCGCAGCUUUGCUGGCACACAGGCUGCGAAGGCAGAGUCAGCGAGCAAGGACCUGUCCAAGAAGCAGCUCAAGUCUCUGCUGGAGAAGAAGGGACUGUCCACCGAAGGCCGGAAGAUCGACUUGCUGGAGCGGCUGCGCAGCGCUGCCUGA